CCAAUUUUAGACGUUCUAGGCGCAAUCAGCCAAUCUCGGUUGGGAAGGCGGAGGCACCAACUUCACUGAUUGGCUGGUUUGAAAAUAACUGGACGCACGCUUUUCACAAUUUCAUCCUCAUAUUUUGCUUGGUAAAAGUUAAAGGUCACUCACUUCUAGCUAAACGUGCAAGGUAAGUCAUUGUUUGCUAAAAGCUACUUUAUUAACUAGCAGUUUCAUGUGAGUCACAUACAAAUAAUCGAAUAGCAAUAACCUUAUUUUGUAGCUAGCUUGAAUAUAGCUUUGUUAAACUGAGUUUAGUCACCCGCAUCUUUGGUUUAGCUAACGUGACUUGUUUACUAGGUAGCUUGAGCAAGUUUGCCGAACCAAUCAAACGUUUUGCUAGCUAUCCACAAUAAUUGUAAAUUGCCUAAGUAAUUAUUUUUUAAAUCUGGCUUCAAAAACAAGAACACGUUUUUAACCAAGUUAGCUAACUAGAUAGAAAACAAUGAAUGGCACUGCAAACUCGCUCUAACUUUAACUUUUGUCUAACUUCUGUCUCAGGACAUUAGCCAUCUAUCGUCAUGGGAUCCAGCGAGAGCAAGGUUGCUGUGGCCUCAACGCCCAAACCUGUCCCCAGCCAGCGUAUUAGACACGAUCGUCUCUCUCAGCUUGUCGACCCACGGUCUCCAUCUGUGACCAUUGACCGCACACCCAUUCAGGUAACGUUUGCAUUUUCAUUUGGGCCAGCAUUUUUAUUUGAAAAUUGUUUAUUAUUUAAUAACUUGUAACUCAUGCAUUUGAAUACUCUCGAAUCAUGUGUAAUUAUUCUAUGUUUACUGUAUCCGUUUUGUAUGUAGAUUGUGUAAAAUUACAUUUACAUUUACGUCAUUUAGCAGACGCUCUUAUCCAGAGCGACUUACAAAUUGGUGCAUUCACCUUAUAGCCAGUGGGAUAACCACUUAAUUCCUGUCUGUUCUGGCUGUAUAUUUUAUCUGUUAUUGGCAGCACCAUUUCACCAAGUCUAAUUCUGGGUAAACUGUACUUGGCGUAUGGAGCCCCACAGUGGAGGUGUCAUAAUACCCAUAAAACCUAGCAGUCAAAGAGGGAAAUAGUUCCAAUCAUUUUAACACAAAAAAUUUUUAACACUUAAAAUAAGGGCUGUUUAGUGUAGGCUUACCCUGGCGUGAGGUUUUGAUACCCUUGUAAAUCUCUCUAGGACAAGGUGACUUAUCAAUAUAUUGGCCUGUAUUUACCCCCCCCCCCCCCCCCCCCCCCCCCCCCCCCCCCCAUUUAAAUGCUAAUGUGGCUAUCAUAAAGAACUACAAAUGCCAUGAUGAUCUGGAACGGACUGCUGAGUCCAGGCAAAGGUAAGAAUCUCUGGAUUAACUAUCUAAUGUUAGCUAAAUGCAGUAGGUAAUUAAUCAAUUGGCUACAUUUCUGUACAUGGAGAAUUCUGUGAACUGUCUUGUGUAAGUUUUACAUUGACAGUGCCUGUUAGCAAAGGUGUGAACUAGAGAUGCUGUGCAGGAGUUUGCAGGGAUUUGUAGUUUUGCAUGAUGUCUACUUUGAUGCUAAUUAGCAUUUUCGAAUCUGAUUAAAUAGAGCCGAAAAAUUGAUAAGUCACCUUGUCCGAGAAAUUUACAUGGUUAUCAAAAUGUCACGCCAAGGUAAGCUUACAUGAAACACAGCCCUUAUUUUUAAGUGUUUCUAAUAUCCCCUAUGGGGUGGAAAAACAAUUGGAAUCAUUUUCCUGUUUGACCCCUAGGUUUUAUGGGUAUUAUGACACCUCCACUGUGGGGCUCUAUAAAAGUGAUUCUGAUUCACUUCCUGAAUUGGUUGAACACCAACAUCAAAUACACUUUUUUUCAUCUGUGCCAACAUUACUAGAUUGAACACUAAGAUUACUAGAGACGAUAGGGCAGAGAGACACUACACAUUAAGGCACUUACAUUACAUAUAAAACAAAGAGAACAGUACAUCAGAUAACAUUAUUACACCACAAUGUACGUGUGUGUAGAGUGCUAGUGCUUGUGUGCGUCUCUUCACAGUCCCCGCUGUUCUCUAAGGUAUAUUUUAAUCUACUGCUUGCAUCAGUCACCCGAUGUGGAAUAGUUCCAUGUAGUCAUGGCUCUAUGUAGUACGGCUCUAUGUAGUACUGUGCGCCUCCCAUAGUCUGUUCUGGACUUGGGGAUUGUGAAGAGACCUCUGGUGGCAUGUCUUGUGGGGUAUGCAUGGGUGUCCAAUCUGUGUGCUAGUAGUUUAAACAGACAGCUCGGUGCAUUCAGCUUGUCAACACUUCUUACAAAAACAAGUAAUGAUGAAGUCAAUCUCUCCUCCACUUUGAGCCAUCAGAGAUUGACAUCCAUAUAAUUAAUGUUAGCUCCCUAUGUACUUUUAAGGGCCAGCCGUGCUGCCCUGUUCUGAGCCAAUUGUAAUUUUCCUAAGUCCCUCUUUGUGGUACCUGACCACAUGACUGAACAGUAGUCCAGGUGUGACAGAACUAGGGCCUGUAGGACCUGCCUUGUUGAUAGUGUUAAGAAGGCAGAGCAGCGCAUUAUUAUGGACAGACUUCUCCUCAUCUUAGCUACAGUUGUAUCAAUAUGUUUUGACCAUGACAGUUUACAAUCCAGGGUUACUCCAAGCAGUUUAGUCACCUCAAUGUGCUCAAUUUCCACAUUAUUUAUUACAUUUACAUUUUAGUCAUUUAGCAGACGCUCUUAUCCAGAGCGACUUACAGUUAAUGAAUACAUAUAUAUAUAUAUAUUUUUUUUUUUAUACUGGCCCCCCCGUGGGAAACGAACCCACAACCCUGGCGUUGCAAACGCCAUGCUCUAUCAACUGAGCUACAUCCCUGCCGGCCAUUCCCUCCCCUACCCUGGACGACGCUGGGCCAAUAAUGCGCCGCCCAUGUGUCUCCCGGUCGCGGCCGGCUGCGACAGAGCCUGGAUUCGAACCAGGAUCUCUAGUGGCACAGUUAGCACUGCGAUGCAGUGCCUUAGACCACUGCGCCACUCAGGAGAUAUUACAAGGGUUAGUGAAGGAUUUGUUCCAAAUACAAUGCUUUUAGUUUUUGAAAUAUUUAGAACUAAGUUAUGCCUUGCCACACAUUCUGAAACUAAGUGUUGCAGUCAUUUCAGUCGCUGUAGUAGCUGACGUGUAUAGUGUUGAAUCAUCCGCAUACAUAGACACACUGGCUUUACUCAAAGCCAGUGGCAUGUUGUUAGUAAAGAUUGAAAAAAGUAAGGGGCCUACACAGCUGCCCUGGGGAAUUCCUGAUUCUACCUGGAUUAUGUUGGAGAGUAUUCCAUUAAAGAACACCCUCUGUGUUCUGUUAGACAGGUAACUCUUUAUCUACACUAUAGCAGGGGGUGUAAAGCCAUAACACAUAUGUUUUUCCAUCAGCAGACUAUGAUCGAUAAUGUCAAAAGCCGCAUUGAAAUCUAACAAAACAGCCCCCACAAUCUUUUUGUAAUCAAUUUCUCUCAGCCAAUCAUCAGUCAUUUGUAAGUGCUGUGCUUGUUGAAUGUCCUUCCCUAUAAGAGUGAUGAGAGUGGCAAUUUGUUUACAGGACAAUAGCAUUGUAUCUGGUCAAACAUUUUUUUCAAAAAGUUUACUAAGGGCUGGUAACAGGCUGACUGGUCGGCUAUUUGAGCCAGUAAAGGGGGCUUACUAUUCUUAGGUAGCGGAAUUACUUUUGCUUCCCUCCAGGCCUGAGGGCACACACUUUCUAGUAGGCUUAAAUUGUAGAUAUGGAAAAUAGGAGUGGCAAUAUCGUCCGCUAUUAUCCUCAGUCAUUUUUCAUCGAAGUUGUCAGACCACGGUGGCUUGUCAUUGUUGAUAGACAACAAUAAUUUUCACCUCUUCCACACUCACUUUACAGAAUUCUAAAGUACAAUGCUUGUCUUUCAUAAUUGAGUCAGAUAUACUUGGAUGUGUAGUGUCAGCAUUUGUUGCUGGCACGAAGUGCCUAAGUUUGCUAAUCUUGCCAAUGAAAAAAUCAUUAAAGUAGUUGGCAAUAUCAGUGGGUUUUGUGGUGAAUGAGCCAUCUGAUUCAAUGAAUGAUGGAGCUGAGUUUGCCUUUUGGCACAACAUUUCAUGUAAGGUGUUCCAAAGCUUUUUACGGUCAUUUCUUAAUCAUUUAUUUUUGUUUCAUAAUAUAGUUUCUUCUUUUUGUUUAGUCACAUGAUUUCUCAAUUUUCAGUACGUUUGUCAAUCGGUUGUGCUGCCAGACUUAUUUGCCAUACAUUUUGCCUCAUCCCUCUUAACCAUACCAUUUUUAAAUUCCUCAUCAAUCCAAAUUUUGUUUUUAAUCAUUUUCUUAAUGGGUGCAUGCUUAUUAGUAACUGGAAUAACCAAUUUCAUAAAUGUGUCAAGUGCAGCAUCUGGUUGUUCCUCAUUACAAACCACAGACCAGAAAAUAUUAUUUACAUCAUCGACAUAAGAAUCACUACAAAACUUAUUGUAUGACCUCUUCUAAACAAUAUUAGGCCCAGCCUUUGGAACUUUGGUUUUCCUAGGCAUGGCUAUUAUAUUGUGAUCACUACAUCCGAUGGAUUUGGAUACUGCUUUAAAGCAAAUUUCUGCAGCAUUAGUAAAGAUGUGAUCAUUACAUGUUGACAAUUUAAUUCCUGUGCUGUGUGUAACUACCCUGAUAGGUUGACUCAUAACCUGAACCAGGUUGCAGGCACUGGUUACAGUUUGAAGCUUUUUCUUGAGUGGACAGCUUGAUGAAAGCCAGUCAAUAUUUAAAUCACCCAGAAAAUAUACCUGUCUGUUGAUGUCACAUAUAUUAACAAGCAUUUCACACAUAUUGUCCAGAAACUGACUUUUAGGACUUGGUGGUCUAUAGCAACUUCCCACAAGAAUGCGAUUUAGAUGAGGCAGAUUAACCUGUAAUAUUACUUCAACAGUAUUUAACAUGAGAUCCUUUUUAAGCUUUACAGGAAUGUGGUUCUGAAUAUAGACCGCAACACAUUGGCAUUUCUGUCUUUUCGGUAGAGGUUAUAACCAUGUAUUGCUACCACUGUAUCAUCAAAGGUAUUAUCUAAGUGAGUUUCAGAAAUAGUCAGAAUAUGAAUGUCAUCUGUUACUAGCAAGUUAUUGACUUCAUGAACCUUGUUUCUUAGGAUUCAUAUGUAAAUAUGGGCAGUUUUUAGCACUUUUCUGGGAUGCUUGAUUGUUUUUAAUGCUUUACUGGGAAGCUUAUCAGAAGUAGACUUGCUCAUGUUAUUUAUAUUGGAGCUGCACACAGUGGACUUCCUACUACAGCACACCACCUCAGUGCUAACAGUAUAAAAUAACUCUGGUUCAUAGGCACAUGAUUACUGCAUACAAUAGCUGUAGGAUCAACAGAGGUAUUCAGGGCAGUUAGGGGGACAUACAUUUAAGCUACUUACAUUGUGUCUGCCAACGCCCCUGGGAUAAUGUACAUUUGAUGCAGCAUUAUGACAACUCAGCUACACAAUGGUAGGGAUUAACUGAGCUGGUCUUGGGUCAUAAGUCAUUGUCUCAACGCAGCCUUGAAAUGCGUGGACAGAUUCCAGGAGCCAAGAUGAUUUGGAUGGACAUCAUUCCUGUAGAGCAUCUUCUGUUUCCAGAAGGUGUCGAAGUUAUCUAUAAAAGUGAUUCCAAAAGAGCUACAGUAAUCUUUUAGCCAGGUUUGUAAUGCCAGUAGCCUGCUGAAUCUUUCACACCUGCGGCCCAACGAUGGUACCGGACCUGACAUUAUUGGCCUCUUUUUGGAAUCUUUCAGUGCUAGAAUCAGUUCUUUAAAAUCAAUUUUCAGAAGUUCCGAGCUAGCUAUCCUGAUGUCGUUUGACCCCUCGUGGACUAUGACACCGUCAGCUCCCGGCAUCGGUCGGAAGCAGCCUUGUAAUGUCCUGUUCUCGUGCUCCAGGAUAGCACAGGGUUUUUGCUACGGGAACCAAGAUGUUUCUUACAAUAGAGCUGCUGAUGACAACAGCUGGUGCAAUGGCUGAGGAGGUCUGGCCGUUCUUUUGCCUUGGGUGGUUUCGGAAACCCCUCGAGGAACGAAGGGCGGUGGGGCCCGAUGGACCAGAGCCAGCUGUAGGAUCCAUCGUGGAUGAUGAAUGGGCCGGCAUCUCAGGCAGCCUCACUGUUUAGAUGAGGGUGGUAGCUCUGAGGAUCUGAGCCCGAGGGAGACAGAACAGAGGGCGAAGGCGUAGGUACCUCCGGAUCCGAUCUUGAAUCGGAAGCCCCUUGGGAAGAAAGCGCCGGGAUCUCUGGAUCCAGGGCGGCAAUGCUUUUUCUGGUCAAAGGAAAGGGCCUUCCACAACUGUUGCCACAAAGUUGGAAGCACAGUCGUCUAGAAUGUCAUUGUAUGCUGUAGCGUUAAGAUUUCCGUUCGCUGGAACGAAGGGGCCUAGCCCCAACCAUGAAAAACAGCCCCUGACCAUUAUUCCUCCUUCACAAAACUUUAUAGUUGGCUCUAUGCAUUGGGGCAGGUAGCAUUCUCCUGGCAUCCGCCAAACCCAGAUACAUCCGUCGGACUGCCAGAUGGUAAACACGUCUGAUAAUCACUGAGAACAAGGCGAUGCAUACCUCCGGAUCCGAUUUGAAUGGAAGCCUUGGGAACACAACGCCUGGGUCUUGGCAUCGGGCAGGCAUUUGUUUUUCCUGUCAAGAAGGGCCUCCACAAUGUGCCAAGUUGGAGCAGCUCCAAUGUUGUUGCUUGCGUUAGUUUCGUUCGCUGGACGAGGCCUACCUAACCAUGAAACAGCCCUGACCUAGCCUCCUUGCAGAAACUUAAUUUGGCUCUAUGACUUGUGGAGGUAGCGUUCUAUGGUCGCCAUCCAAUACUCCUGCGGUAACUGCUGGUACCAUGUGUUAUCACUGCGUACUAUGUGUACAAUGACUGUACUUCCACUUGGAAAUUGCUCCAGGAUGAACCAACUUUGGGGUUAUUUUCUGAGGUCUUUGAUCAUCUUUUAUUUUCCCAGAGUCAAGCACUGAGUGACCAUGACAGCCAGCUCUUACGUUUUAGCCGAAGGCCAGACUUUAGCUGGGCACAAAUUAUGUACUAAACUUUGAACUGGAAUUAUCAUGCACUAAGAACCUGCUAAUUGUGGAAAAAUUACUUGUGUCACACAACGUAACGACAUUGCCAAACUAUAAGUUGGUUAAAAAGAAUUUUGGAGUGGUUGAAAAACAAGUUUGAAUGACUUCAACCUAAGUGUAUGUAAACUUCAACUGUAUGUAUGUUUAACAAUAAUGUAUUGAUGUUUUUCAGGUGGGUGGAACUGUCUCCUGUGUCCCAGUUGUGGUGGAGAGCGACUGCUCCAUUCUAGCCAGCGACCCUCGGUCACCCUCAGUCGGCGUCACCCGCACCCCAAUGAAGGACUCAAUGAGAGGUAACUAUCUUAACCAAGUGGCAAAGCUAUCCAGUCAAGCACUGGAAGGAUGCCUAGGGUUUAUUUGGGUUUGGUUAGAAUUAUUUGAUUUAUUUUAACAGGGUCAUGCUGAGACCAAGGUCUCUUUCACAGAUGAUCCCUGUAUACACAUCAGAAUAACACCAACAGGGGGUGACAGAGCGACGGGGAUGGCAUCCAGUUUCUUUGACUGGAGAAACAGCAUUAAGGCGUCUGCAUACUAGGUUUGAUUUGUUCCUAGCAGAACUCGGCUAGGUUACGUGAACAUCUGUGCCUCGCAUACUCCCUUAAAAAAUAUUCACUGAAAAACUAGAAAAAGGUAAUAGUAUUGUUUGUCCCUUUUUGAGAUGCCGUAGCUAGUAUAAACUUCCUCAAUAGUCAGAAUUCAUCUAAGAACUCAAAUCUGUAAUAAAUGUUGACGUUUUUGCAGAGGAGAUCUUAGUCGCGCAAUUUUACAUCUAACUAAGAUGUUUGGUGCAGUAUUUCUCAAGGAAUUUUUUUUCAUGAAAAGAGUCAUCUCUUGUUGAAUGACAACAAACACUUCAUUGAAGAAUCCAUACUGUUGACCAAUCACUGACGAAGGGGUGUAGACUUCGGCUACCGAACUUCGGCUUGCCUCAGGAAUUUCUUGUGUGCACACGAACAGCUGAAGAAACACUUGCCCAAUACCAAAACUUCAAACUUUCGUGAUAAUAUAUGCACAAACUGUUUCGGAUGGGAAGCAUGCGGACGCCUUUAGAUCCAGGGGUGGGCAUCAAAUUUUGGCUCGACGGCUUUGGAAAUUCAACGGAGGGCUGUAUUGAAUGGGCUCGCUGGUCGGAUAUGUAGUUUGCCCACCCUUAACCUAACGUAGCAGGCGUAGAAGAAACACCUGAAACUAGACUUUCCCCCCUACUUACUGGUCUUGAUGAGAAUGAUUUUUUUUGGGGGGGGAUGUUCUCUUCUGCACUGUUCAACCAAUUCAGUAAAUGUGGAGGAGUUAAGAUGGAGUGUCGCCUUGUUAAUGUCCAAAGUGGAAGUCUAUUUCCAUUUCCCCUGAAAACCGGAACAUUGUUAUUGGGGACUCUGCAGAGGCUACCCCUGCCCUAAACUGUAGAUGUAGCAUUGCCUGUUCAAUGCAUUUCAAAAAGCUUUUUGUCAAAUUUACACAAGUUUUAUUUUAAACUUUUGACUUUGUUUUUUUUGUUCCUCCAGUGACAGUUGGCUCCUUCGCCCGUCGCCUCGGCAUGCUCCUCCACGGUGACUCUGUAGAAAUAGUUGCCCCUGCGCCCUUUAACACGUUUCCCAACCUCAACGUGGAGGAGUCGGCAGUGGUGGAGGGAGAGUUAAGCUCCAGUGAGCCCCUUCUCUCCCCUCAGCCAUCACAGGUCUCCGGUGACAUGAUCCGGCCCUCUCCCCAGAGCGUGACUAGUCAUACGCUUCUCAUCCAGAGCCCCUUUGUUCUCGUGGGGGAGGCCCAGAUAGAAGUCGAGGCCGAUUUCACUCUGGAGGAAGCCGAAGAGGCCAAGGAGUCUUCACUACACAAGCGCCUGAGUAUGAGCUUGAUCACCUGCCACGACGGCAUCGCCCCAUCCCAGACCUUGGCCGAGGUGCACCACGAAAGCCCUGAGUCUCCUCUCCCUGACAACACUGCUGCUGAACUCCACAAGGACGAACCUGACCACGCAUAUGCCCUUCCCUCAAUCACCUCUGACCCCGCACAACCUCUGACCCCAAUGGCUGAACCAUCCAUCCCCACCGUUACAGAGUUAACUGAAGUCACUGUUGCUACGGAGAUGCCCAAAGCGGAGGAGAAAGUGGAGGUCCCAACACCAGUGGAGGAGCCAGUGAUGCCUGUCACGCAAGAGUCGCCUGUUGUACCAUCCCCCACAACCACUGGCCCAAGCCCCAGUGUGAGCCAGCAGCAGCCCAAAGCCACUGGGAUCCGCUGCCCCACCUUCGACACCAAGAGCCCCAGUCAAGUGGUGUUCAAGCCCCAGUGGCUAGGGAAGGGCUUCGGGGCCACAGGGGUGAGGGCCAGAGGGAGAGGAGGCAAGGGGGGCCUCGUCCUUUUCACCACGCUCCGUCCAGGUUGGAAACAAGAACACAGCCAAUGAGAACAAGGGGCAGUCGGUCAAACAGAAGCAGAGAGGUGCGUGGGUGUUUUUGUUGUCUUUAUAAUCUUUAGCUAACUUGUGUGUGAUUUUUUUAUAAAAAAUAAAAAAAAUGUAAACACUUUCUCUCCUCUCCCGUGUGGCAGACAAGGCACUCGUGGCUGAAGGCCGCUCCCCUCUGCAGAUGCUCAAGGAGACCAACUCACCCCGGGAGCAAGCUACACAGGUAUAUAGAUGGUGUACACUAGGGCUGUGACAGUCAUGGAAUUUCAGAUUAUGGUUAUUGGUCAGCCAAAUGACCACGGUCUCCGUUAUAACCGUUAGAAUAGGAAAGAAAUAGUAUAUAUUUUUUCGCAGUAGCAGUGUGGGAGUCCCCAUUCAAGUCAGUGAUGGCAUAAUGGUUGGACUGGCGGCCGUUGUGAGGUUGUCACUAUCUGGGCAAGCGCUAAAGCCGUAAACCCUGUCUAUUUCAGAAAUGUCUCUUCAAAUCUGAUUUUAAACCCAACCUUAACCACACUGCUUACCUUAAAUCUAAACUUUAAUUAAGUUAAAUUUUGUUUUCAUACAUUUUAGCAAUUUGGACUUUGCUGCUGGCCCACCUAGUGGGAAACCCAUUGCAAGUGUACCCAUCAAUAUGUGCUGUGAUUUGUUGAUUCAACUCAACAUCCAAUUAACAUCAUUUGAAUGAUCAUUCUACAUUACCAUGGAAAUUAUUGCAUCACAAUACCAGGGAGUCAUUGCGCAUUUACCAAUCGGUUUACCAGUCAAGUUGCCAGGGUUAGAGGUUUCAAGCCCGUUCUAUUCAUUCUAUUUCUAUGUGUGCUACAAGACCUUGCCUGUUUCAGCAAGGAGCAACAAAGUUUAAUCACGUUGUAAAGAGUCCAUGUUAAUGCAUAAACUGACUCAACCGCACGACUUCCCGGCAGUCCCGUCUUCAGUCAGCUGUUCGUGCCACAAUAAUACAAAUAAAUAAAUGGUUUUUGAAGAGAAACGUUAUUUUAUUUUCAUGACUGUCUUCAUCCAUAACGGUCGGUUAUACGGUAAUUGUGCCAGCCCUAACGUAACAUGUACUUGCAUCUAUCUCACUCUUGCCCUCUCAUUCUUUCAUGUCUGCACACUCUAAAGCCUGGGUAAGGAACAGGAUUGAUCUAUUUGGUGGGUCAGAGGAAAAUGAACAAUCACAAAAGUUUAAACCUCUGGUCUAACUGAAUGGUUCUGUGUCUCUUCCCUCCCUGCCCCUCAGAUGAAGCUGAAGGUGUCCACCCCAGACAGACAGAGGCUGGGUCAGAUGGACCGGAGAGUCCUGACUGUGUCCCUGGACAAGGAGAACCAAUAGACUGACGUGGCAGAAGAACAUGCACAAACACUAACUGACCAGUGUACAGAAUCUUGCCAUUUUUCUAUAUCUUUCUAAAAAAACAAGCCUUUUUUAAAAGUGUACAGCCUUUUUUAACUGACUUUUUCAAACUGCUAACAAAUUAUAAUUUGUGUACAUGAUGUUUUUGGAAGUGCCAUCGAUACGAUUUGUCUGACAGUUUUUUUUCUUUGCAUUUAUUUCAAACGUCCAUAUCAGUGUUUUUGCUAUCCUGUCCUUUUUAUGUAAAUAAAUAAAUAAUACAUUUGCUUUCAAUCGGAAUCCGUUUUUAUGCUCUUAAUUGGAAUACGCCUUUGGGCGG